ACCCGAUAUCCGGAUUGAACACCCGUAAUCCAAAUGAAGCCAAACUAUUGUUUCAUUCUCCAAAAUAUAAUAAAAAUAAUAACUUAAUCCCGCGCAAGGCGCGGGUCUUAUCCUAGUAAUCAUGAUAUAUUGGAAAAUUAAACUUUAGAAUUCAGUGUAAAACAUAUAUUUGCUUUACAAAAGAGAGGAUGACAAUAGUUAAUGCAGAAACCAUGAAAAUCUAGAGCAAUCUAAAAGAAAAUUAUAAAUCAAAAUAUAAAUAUUUCCAUAGUAUCACACUACUUCUAAAAUUUAUCAUUUUUUUAAAUCUCCAAACUCUGUACAAAUCAAACUCCCAAUAAGCCGUUCUUGAGUUCCCUCUUUUGGAAGUAAUUUUGUUGUUUUUUUUGUUACGAAUACUCUUUGCAGCUGUUUUUUGAAAUUAACAUCUUAUUUGUAUUGCUCUCGUGAACUUCAUAAUUGUGUUACAACUUUAUUUUUGAUCAAAUUGUGUUACAACUUAUAAUUAAGGAUUUUACAAAAAAGAAAAAAGACUUCCAAAGGACAAGGUGAGUGGUCGUCAUCCUCGUUCAGUAAUGUGGCACGUGCAAACUGUCAGGCAUUGACUCAUAAACUCGUGGAGAAAAGAAAUGUCCCUCUCCGACAAUAAUGUAUAAAUUUAAUACUGUUUCGUAAUAAAUAUCAUUUGUUGACCAAAAAAAUCAUUUUAUUUAUUUUUUGUUUCAAAAUAAGUGAUUAUAUAUUUUCGAUGUAACUUUUCAAACAUAGUUUUUUUUUUAAACUAACCAAUGAAUGUUUAUUUAAUUUAUUUUUAUUUAAAUAAUUGUACAUUAAAUAAAGCUAUAUUAAUAUAUAUAUAUAUAUAUAUAUAUAUAAAUUCUUUUUAAUCCGAUUGAAAUAUGUCAAAGUGACAUUUUUGUGAAAUGAAAAGAGUAAUUAAGAUUAGUUUGAGACUAUUUCUUUAUGCGUUUAUUAUUAGAAAUUUUUACUUCCUAAGACACUUUGUGUCUUAUGUAUUACAUAAAGAGACACUUCCUGCUGGCAAGGGUACUUUAUGUGUGGUUAUUGUCUUUCAUGCCCUCAAUAUUGACCACACCAUGGUAACGCUAACCAGAAACACCUAACCAUGAUUCUAUUUUUAUAAUGUUUAUCAACAAUUGAUUGUUCUGUUGAUUUAUGAGUUCUCGAAAACCAACAUAUUUCUCUCUCCAACUUUACAUUUUGAAAUUCAGAUCUACUUUUCCAAAUUUGACAGUUCAUUCUUCGUUUAUCAACCCUAAUUGAGUGAACCCUUUUCUUUUUCAUCUUUAAUUUCUCCAUAGAACACCAAGAAUCCAGAGACCUCGCCGCGAGUUUGAUUGUGUAAUCUCGUCUCCACCUUUUCUUAUCUCAUCAUCUUUCACCUCAAUUCUUCGCCGCCCACUUUCAGAAAUGUAUCUAACCAUGACAAAAUCAAAGAAGAAAGGGAAGAUAUCCGAGCAACCAACUCCACCGGAAAACGAUGUCGGAGGUUUUGUCUUCAUUUUAUUAAAUUUUUUUUUGAAUUAUGGUUCUUAGAUCUAAAAAAUAUUUUCGAUGUAAUCACCGUACCUUUUUCUAAAUAUAGGUACACUUCAAUCGGACCUCCGUCUCCCGAUCUGGGAUUGUGGUAGAGUCGCUUAGGAGAUGUGAGUUCCUACGAGACUAGUUCCGAUAACAAUGGUGGUGGAUACUGUAAAGAUGGGAGACGUGAGGGUGAGGGAUACAAAAGUGGAGGCCAUGGUAGAGGUGGCAGUGGAUAAAACAAACAUGUUCAAGGUGUAUUUUUAGGAUUGAAUAUCCAUGUCCACACACAUUUGUUCACCAAAGUGGCUUACACAAAAUACAUGUACAUAAAAACUACACGGUAUGCAUAAAGUACUUGUCCACAGAUACUAAGAAAUUAUGUAAGAUGAUUAGGAAUAUAAGAACUUGUCCAAGAAAACACAUCCAUGAAACUUAGUUCAUGAAACCUCAUCCACGAAAAUUUUAAAGAUAUUUUCUAUAUUUUUUAUCAAUCCAUGUCCACAUCUUUUUAUGUUCACGUAUUUUUCUUACAUGUUCACAAUUUUGCAUCCACACUUUUUAUGUCCAUACAUUUUUUUAUAUAAUUGUUGAAAUAUAUAAAAUAUAUAUAUGAAAAUGGAUGUUAAAAUAUAGAAAAAAACAAAUUAUAAUUUAUUGUAAUAAUUAUACUUUCUUCAAAUGUCUUAAACUCUGAGAAAAAAACAAAUAAAAACACAAGAACUUUGCAAAAAGAACAAAGAAAAAGUUAGAGAAAAAAUAAAUAAAAUAAAAAAAUGUAACUAUCCUCUAGUUUCUCUUAACCAAGCGUGAGGAGUACUGCUGUAAAACCACAAGGGGUGGAAGAGGACAAUGUGUCCCUCAAAUGGGAAGUGCGUUAUCUUGUCAAAAAAGAGAACAAUGUGUCUGAUGAUGUAACGCACUCUUAUUAUUAUGGCAUUCCGAAGAAAGUAAAGCGUGGGACUGGGACAAGAGAAGAGUCAUUUUUGCUUUUUUUACUGUUUUGGCAGCAUGUACCAGCUACCAACUCACGUGCGCCUCUAUAUAUUUUAACUAAAACUUCAAUUCAGAAAAAUAUAUAAUACAUUUUUUUUUGCAAACAAAAUAUACAAUAGAUUGCUUCCUUUCAAGUUAUGAACACGUCUAAAGAUUAAGACUGGGGUUUACUUAUACUGUUUUUUUAAACUAUAUAGUUUAGUUAUACUGUUAUAUUACUAUUAUUAGAAACUGGCAUUUUACUGGACCAAUAUAUGCAUGGCAAAAUUAGUAGUCCAUGAUUCAAAGUGCUAUCUAAUGCAUUCAUAUACAAACAUUAAACUGUAAAGUUUGAUAAUAGGAAAAGAACAUGUAAAAGUAAAUUUGUAAAGCAUAUAUAUGACACUUUAUAUAUCUAAUAUAUGAAAACAAAAUACAUUUUUUGAGAUCUCCUGAUUUCACACUUGAUAAUAUUGGACGAAUAAUAUGAGUAAAUUGUGAAGUGAAUGAUUAUCAAUUCUAAUAAUAUUCUAUAUUCCAUUACCACGUAGAAUGAAUUUUGAAUUAUUACUUAUCAAUUAUUCUGAAAAUUAUAUACUAUAUUCUUACAUAAAAUAUUUUAUAAAUAUACUACACCUACCGAAUAUUUUCACUAUCCAACAAAAUUAAUAUUAACUGAACAAAGUAAACUUUCAAAAAAUUUGUUCCCACACAAUUAAAAAUUCUCAAACCCAAAUAUGAAAAAUUGUUAAAUUUAAUUAUUUUCAACAAUUUUAGAAUAUUUAUAUUCCUUUUUUUUUGCAUUGUGCGGUUUUUUAGAGAUACAUAACGUAACUAAUGUAAAACAAGAUCAAAGCAAACAUUAAAUCAAUAAUUUUAGUAUAUAUAUAAACUUAAAAAUUUUGGUACCACAACAGAAAAUCGUGGACUAAUAAAAUUGUCAAAAGACCCUAAAUUACAUAUCCUUCUAAUAUUUCUACCACUAUCUUUGUUUGAUAGUUUAAAAAAAAAACAAAUGCUUAUAUUAAAAUUAAACUUCCCGAUUAGUUAAGUCUUCGUUUUUGUAAUCUGAGUUUUAGUUUGAUUUUCAUUACAGAGUGUUUUCUGGCAGGUCGGAGAUAACUUAUUGAAAAAUUAUCGAACUUAUGUGAUGAUAUCCUCCUCUUCAAUCUCUUUAUUAAUUAUUACCAUUCCUUUCAGAUAGAGAUGAUAAAAUGUUUUAGUUGAUCUUCCUUCCUUUUUACUGCUUUAAGUUUGCUAAUCUAUAAGAGAGAUUCUUCAGAUAUUUGUUCUUUCUGAUUCUGCUAAGUUUUCAGACCUUAGUUGUUACUUUGUUAUACAGUAUAGCUGAGAUGCUACCUUUUUUUUUCCAGAGAUACACGUACGACACAUGACCUAAAAGUUUAGUCGCUUAGAAGUACUGUCAUAUUUCACCAGAGAUACAAGACACAUGUAAUAAUUACUUUAGUACUAGUACAUAUUUUGUUCAGCAGAUUAAUACAUAAUAAGAUUUGUACUUUUAUGUAUCUAUCACUUUAUUGACCAUAUAUACACAUAUGACCCUGAUAUAAAAAUAACAUAAUAUAUAAUGUAUAUUAAGUGUGUUAAAAAAAAUUAAAAUGAGUUACAAAUAUAAAACGGUAACAAAGACCAAUCAAUAUAAUAAAUCCACAUAUUUAUGUGUUUGUAAAAAAAACACAAAUCCAAUUUGAAAUUUUAUAAUUUAAGGUGUUUCAUAAGUACAAAAAAAUAUUACACUUCCAAAAACUUUAAUAAUGAGAAAAAAUUAUACAAAUUUAUGCAAAAAAUUAUAAUAUAAAAUUGAUUCAAUAUAGUAAAUAAAAAAUCAUAGUAUAAUUUAAAAUACAUCUAUAUUUCUUUUCAUACAAAGUUAAAAUUGUUAUAAUGAUUCAUAAACUAUAGUAUAAUAUAAAAUAUGUUUACCCUAUUACUUUUUAUCCAUUAAUAUAUUUAAAAUAGUUCUAAUUUCUAAAUAGAAAUAAAUCACCUGAAUAUUUUGAUCUGAAAUAUUUAAAUUUAUCGGAAUUACCGAUAAUUUAUCCAAAAAUCCCAAAAUAUGAUUUUCCCCGAAUUAUUCAAAAUUAUCUGAAAAAGGGGAACCAAACCAAAAAUGAAUUGAACUUAAAAUUUUAUCGGUUUUUAAUAUUGUUUUCUAAACACAAUACCAAAAUAUCAAACUGAAACUAAACUCAAAAUUCAUAAAUAAUCAAAUAGUACUUAUAUCUUUUGAACCCAAAAAAAUUAAAAAAAUAUAAUUUAACUAGAACCUAACAAAAAAAAACUAGAACCAAACCCAAAAUUGAAUGUCCAUACCUAAACAAAUUUGUGAGCAAACAAAUGCGUUAAUUUUGUCAACAAAAAAAAUCAAAAUGUGGUGAUUUAUGAUUAUCCAAACGAAACAUACUAUUUUCUUAAAAUUGUUUUUGUUUAUUUUCAAUUUGUAUGAAUACUUUUCUGUUGAAGAUCACAUGUCCCAAACAAUAUAAUUUUGAAGGAAAUGUGUCCACAUGUCUAAUAACACAUGAUUUUUAUAUGUUUUUGUAAAACCAUAUAACUAACUAAUAAACGGUGAAGAAAAGCUGUACGGUCUGUCGACGUCUUUACAAUGGCUCCUUCUUCUUCAGCUAAUGUACGUCCUUCUCAUAUCCUCUCCAUCCCACGACCGUCACCGACCUGCGUUCCCAACCUCCGUCUCCUGGCCUCCGGUUUCAGUCUCAUCUUCAAAUCGAGUUACUUAUCCGCCGAACUCUCUUCCCGGCAAACCAGGAGUGUGCAGGUUCCUGUAGUUUCCUCCACUCGAAAGCAACGUCGAAGCAUGGAACAAAGCAAUGUCUAUGUGGCUUCAAAUUCUAUGGAAACGGAGAUUGGAAGUCAAAAAAUCACCAAGAAUCCGAGCUUGAUCUGUGCUCCAGUGAUGGCGGAUUCAAUAAACAAGAUGGUGACUGAAACGUGCAAAGCACGUGAACUGGGUGCAGAUUUGGUGGAAAUUCGAUUAGAUAGUCUCAAGGGUUUCAACCCUCUUGAGGAUCUUAAAACAAUCAUUAAAAAAUCUCCUCUUCCCACUCUGUUCACCUACAGACCAAAAUGGGAAGGUGGUCAACAUGAAGGUGAUGAAAAUGAGCGUCUGGAUGUGCUCCGUUUGGCCAUGGAACUAGGAGCUGAUUACGUUGAUGUUGAACUUCAGGUUGCAAGUGAGUUCAUCAAAUCGAUUAAAGGAAAGAAGCCUAAAAAUUUUAGAGUUAUUGUUUCAUCACACAACUAUCAGAAUACCCCUUCCCUUGAGGAUCUCAGUGACCUUUCUGUAAGAAUACAACAGGCUGGAGCCGACAUAGUGAAAAUUGUUACUACUUCUGUUGACAUCACAGAUGUUGCUCGCAUGUUCCAUAUAACUUCAAAUGCUCAAAUUCCCACAAUAGGACUUGUUAUGGGUCAAAGGGGUCUAAUGUCUCAUAUUCUUUGUUCAAAAUUUGGUGGAUAUAUGACCUUUGGCACCUUGGAAUAUGGAAAAGUGUCUGCACCUGGUCAACCAACGAUCAAGGAUCUGUUGGAUCUUUACAACUUUAGAAGAAUUGGUCCUGACACCAAGGUUUAUGGAGUUAUUGGCCAGCCUGUCAGUCACAGCAAAUCACCUGUUGUCCACAAUCAAGCUUUCAAAUCAGUUGAUUUUAAUGGAGUAUAUGUUCACCUAUUAGUUGAUGAUGUUGCAAGCUUUCUCAAAGCAUACUCAUCCUCUGAUUUCGUUGGAUUCAGCUGUGGAAUUCCUCACAAAGAAGCUGCAUUGACAUGUUGUGAUGAGGUUGAUCCAUUGGCAAAGUCUAUAGGAGCUGUGAACACUAUACUAAGGAGAAAAAGUGAUGGAAAGUUGCUGGGUUACAACACGGAUUGUAUUGGUUCCAUUUCUGCUAUUGAAGAUGGCCUUCGAAGCUCAAGUCGUUGUACAUCUGCUUCGCCAUUAGCCGGUAAAACAGUGGUGGUUAUUGGUGCUGGUGGAGCAGGCAAGGCAGUUGCUUAUGGUGCAAAAGUGAAGGGAGCCAAAGUUGUAAUUGCUAAUCGAACUUAUGAACGAGCACUAGAGGUUGCAGAAGCAAUCGGAGGCAGAGCGGUAUCUCUAGCGGAUUUAGAGAACUUCCAUCCAGAAGACGGCAUGGUUUUGGCCAACACCACUUCUGUAGGUAUGCAACCAAAUGUCGAUGAGACUCCCAUUUCCAAGCAUGCAUUGGAGCACUACGCACUAGUAUUUGAUGCGGUGUAUACUCCAAGAAUCACACGACUGUUACGGGAAGCAGAAGAAUGUGGAGCCGUAACAGUGUCGGGGUCAGAGAUGUUUGUGAGGCAGGCUUACGAGCAGUUUGAGAUUUUCACUGGUUUGCCCGCUCCAAAGGAACUCUACUGGAAGAUCAUGUCAAAGUACUGACACCUCUCUCGCUUGUGUGUGAACGUGUGUAUCUUCUUCGUCAUCCAUUCCAUGGAAACUCAAGCCAAUAAACUUUAGCUGUUUCUCUAUGUAUUGUGUUUAUAUAAAACGAUAAAAGCUUUUUGAGUUGAUUAGAUUAUGAAAAUGUGCAAUAUCGUGAUUACUGAUUGUGAAAUAUGUAACAACUCUUUUCGUCUCAAAGAAAAUAACCAGAACACUUUUUUUUUUUCCUA